AACCGACAAAAGGUUUCCUGCCGACCCAGAACGACGUCGUCCGUUGUUAGGGCUGGUGUACAAAGAUUCUUCUCGUCUGUUCCUAGCCGCAAAACCUAAAAGACAAAAUCUUCAUUGCUGCUUUAGGAUUCCUAAUGGCGACGGCGGAUGAUUCUAAGAGUGUCGUGUGUAGUUGCUGUGAUAGGAAGGUUGUAGAAGUUGAUCCCAAGACAUGGAAGUUGUUCAAUGAGAUGGUUCCAAAGGAACGAUACGAUGAGCAAAUUGCGCCGGUGGAGAUGCCCCGUGUGAAAAGCAGAGUCCUCAAGAGGCUUUUAACCUACAGCGUUAGGAUCAGUGAUACCACUUGCUCCUCGAAGACUUGGAUGUAUGACGAGUUCCUACACGGUGAAGAGCGCCUGACCAGUCUCAUGGACCUUAUCAAGGUGGCUGAUUAUCUGGAUCUUCAGUCAUUGUAUGCUGGUGUCAUCCAGUAUGUGGAGGACAAAUCACAAGAAGAAAUAUCCUAUAUGGUACGCAAUGAAGAUCUCAGGAGUCUCCUCAAGAUUGUCAAGUCGGCUCUUUAUUACCUGGAAGAGUCUGAGGAGCUCUUGUCUGCUGUGCUGCCCCUUUUAAUGAAAUCACAAGAAGAGUUCUCCCAGAUGAUUGUCAAAGAAGAUAUCCUCGGUUUGAUCAAAUUGAUCGAGGUGGCUAAGCCCUUGUCUUAUGAGAAACUGUGCAAAGCUGUGCACAGCCUUAUCCUCAAUAAAUCCAUAGACCAGCUUUCCCUGGAAAUCCAUAACCAAAACCUCAAGGCUCUCAUCAAAAUUUUCUGGGUGGCUAGAGCUGAGAAACUUCAGACACUCCAAGACAUGGUGGUCCAAUAUGUCUUCGAUAAAUCAGAUGAGGAGUUGGUCCAGAUGGUAAGCACCGAAUUACCUUGCUAUCAGUCCAUCUACUUGUCCGAGGCUCGGUAUCUGCGAGUGGGCACCACUGAAGCUGAGGAAAUAUUUAAUUGGCCCUCUAACGACACAUUGAAUCAAAAAAUUCCCAUCGAGGAGCAAAUUCCCAUCGAGGAGGCUGGGGAUGGUAGCAAUCACAUUCCCAUCGAGGAGGCUGUGGAUGGUAGCAAUCAAAUUCCCAUCGAGGAGGCUGGGGAUGGUAGCAAAAAGAAGGAAGGAUUGCAAAAGAAGAGGACCAAGACUAACAAGCUGAAGUUGGUACCAUGCAUAAGUAAGAACCCAAGUACAAAAAAGCAGAAGAAGGAUCUCUCGGAUAACUAAUCUCAUUAAACGAGAUAUUUAAUGUUUUUUCUAUUUUGAAUAAGAGAUCGACUUGAGCUCUAAUUUUAUCUUAAUGCGUUGUCCUUGUUUUUUUUUGUUUUUUUUUAAACUAUCAACAAUGCCCUCUUACCAUCAUGUUUAAUUAUAUGGUUUUUAUAGAAUCAAACAUAACAGUCAUAGCAAAUUUUAUUUUGAAACC